UUCCCAGUAUAUAUUUACAGGUGCUUGGUUAUUGGUGCAUCAGUUUUUCGGGUUUUUAUGAUCAGCUCUCUUGGUUUCGUCGUGCAUUUAUGUGUGUGUGUGUGUGUAUACGAACUGAAAUACUGUAAUUUGUAGUGGGUUUUGAUACAUAGAAUCAAUGGGUAUUCUCAAGGCGCAAGGCGUGGUUUACAAGCCGGUUGAUGAGGUCGAUCUCGGCCCUGAAAGCGAUGAGUUUUAUAUCCGGGCCAAUGUCAAAGCUCCCCGGAUGGCUGGUCUUUUUGUGAAAGUGUUUACCUGGUUCUUGGAGUCAUCUAUCUUUGGAGGCAUUUUACUCUACUUCUUGAAGAGGAACAAUCUAAUCCACAAGCUUGUCUCAUUUGCACAGUUACAAGAAUCACCUCUCUUUGUUCCGUUGCACCCAUAUCAAGGUAGCAGAUCGAUUUAUCGCUUCGGUUCAUGAGUCAUCUAAUCGACAUCUGCAGAUGUCAUUCUUUAUUAACUACAAUGCGGAAGAUAUUCUAAAGCAGGCUACAGAAUCAACUGCUCGGCAUGCACAAGGAGCGCCAAUAUCAAUCCUAGAUGGAGUCCCGGUUGCCAUCAAAGAUGAAAUAGACUGUAUGCCAUAUCCAACUACAGGAGGUACAAAGUGGUUGCACAAAGUAAGACAAUGUAAAAACGAUGCGUGUUGCGUUAGCCGCCUCCGAGCAUGUGGCGCCAUAAUAGUGGGCAAAACGAAUAUGCAUGAGCUUGGGGCUGGAAUAAGUGGAAUAAAUCCUCAUUACGGGGCUGCUAGAAAUCCAUACAAUAGAAGUAAGAUUACUGGAGGGUCUUCCAGUGGAUCUGCUGCUGUGGUAGCUGCCGGAUUGUGCCCUGUUGCACUUGGUGUUGAUGGAGGAGGAUCUGUAAGGCUUCCUGCAGCUCUUUGUGGUGUCGUCGGCUUGAAACCAACGUUUGCACGCGUGCCACACAACGGGGUUCUUCCCAUAAACUAUACAGUUGGGAUGGUAGGAAUUCUUGCAGCGACAGUCGAGGAUGCACUCAUUACUUAUGCAGCUAUCAGUGGUGGCCUUCCAUCUGAUCACUCCGGCAUUACCAUGCCAAAAAUAGGUUUGCCGCUGCUGAAAUCUGCAAACUACAUGUCCUCCGACUUCAAAAUGGCAAUAUACAGGAAGUGGUUCAAUGACUGCAGUGAUGAUAUCAGAGAGUGCUGCUCUAAUGCUGUUGCAAAAUUAUCAGACAAAUACGGCUGGCAGUCUGUAGAGGUGACCAUACCGGAUAUAGAGGUCAUGCGCUUGGCACAUUAUCUAACAAUCGGAUCAGAGUGUAGUGAUUCAAUAGCUAGCUACCUAGAGAAUAUAAAUAGGGCAGAGCUCGGAUGGGACGUCCGAGUAGGUCUUUCAGUGUACAGUUCUUUCCACAGUCACGAGUAUCUAAAUGCACAGAGAAUAAGGAAACGUCAACUGCAGUUCCAUGAAAAGAUAUUUUCUGUAGCAGAUGUUAUCGUUACCCCGACUGUUGGUGUGACUGCAUACACAAUAGAGGACGAUGCUCUUAAAACCGGUGAACUAGACUACAUAAACGGAGCUGCAUUAGUACGAUACCAGAUAGCAGGGAACUUUCUGGGACUGCCAGCAGUGACUGUUCCUGUCGGAUACGAUAGAUCUGGCUUGCCCAUCGGCCUCCAGUUCAUCGGGAAGCCAUGGUCGGAAUCACUUCUUAUUCACAUUGCAUCAGCGUUGCAAGCACUAUGCAAAUCAGGGUACAAGAAGCCAGAGGUCUUCUUUGACAUGCUUGCUUGCUAAGGAGCAAAUCAUCCCCAACAC